GUCACGGUUAUUGUUACACCUAGAAUACAUUCGCGACAAAAUUACCUAAGUUCCCUACGCUUUUUGCCUCCGAUAAUGUCGUUCUUGUUUAGUUUGUGAAAGACAGUCCUAACUUUAGAACCAAGUGUACAAAUAUUCGUCCAUGUUACAGUUUUAAAAAUUUGCAUAAUAACCCAGAUAUACUGAAAAGCCAAAAAUGUACAAAAAUAAAAUGAAAAUCGUCAACAACCAGUUGAGUGAAAUGAAAAAUUGGAUGAAAUCAUUAACAACCUGUUAGUUAAGUUCAAUAGUUAGACAUUUAACUAAGAAAUUGAAACAGUUGUGAGAUAUUCGGUAAAAAUGUUUUUAAAUAUUCCACCAAAAAAACCAGCUCGUUCCUCAGCAUUUCUAAGAUCUAAUUUCACAUCAAUUGGAUCCGAUGGCAUAGAAAUGGACUCAUUGGAAAACGUCGAAGAGGUUGUUUUCACUUCUCCACGACAAACGGAGAGCCCAAAAAAGGAUAAAAUGUGUUUAAAUCUGGACGGUAUUUGUGAUAAAUUGGCAGACUGUGAUUAUUUUUUUGAGGACGUUAAUAUUCCUGAUUCUUCCUUAAGGACUCUCAUGGAUUUACAAAUUCUUACAUUGCGACAUAACAAUAUGCAAAUAUUUCCGACUAGCAUUCUUAAAAUUACUUCUUUGGUCAGACUGGACCUUUCCAACAACUGGUUACUAACUUUACCACCAGAAAUAAAUUGCUUGAUCAAUCUAGAAGAACUUUUCCUGGAUCACAAUGUUCUUAGUAUUCUACCACCAACUAUAUGGGAUUUGAAGUUGCUAAGAGUCCUGAGGGUGGCACACAACAGAUUAGCCCUACCUCCUGAUAAAUUUAUAGAAAUGAGAUCAUUUGUUCUAACGGGUAUUGACAAAUUAACCGAUAAUUCCGAGAAAACAAAAACUAUUACUAGCUUAAACUUGCGAGGUAACAGACUAAAAGGAAACAUUAUAUUAGGAAAUUAUGGAAAUUUAACGGAGCUCGAUGUGAGUGAAAACAGUAUAGAAAUUUUAGAUUUGAGUGCUGUAGAAAAUCUGAAAGUUCUACACUGUUCAAAAAAUUCCAUUGUACAAUUAAUGCUUCACGGAAGGACUUUAAUUUCAAUAUUGGCAGGCAAUAACAGGCUCCAAACACUGACAGUGGUUCAUCCCCCAUAUGGGCUAAAACAUUUAGACAUUUCUUACAAUAAUUUGGACGCAUUACCCGAAUGGAUUUUAAACUGUCGUGAUUUAAGAUCAUUAUUCGCAAGUAAUAACAAUCUCAAGUCCUUGCCCGAUCAUAUUUUUUGCAACGAAAUGUCUCAGUUGUCAACAAUUCAAUUGGCCUACAAUCAGCUGUACAGUCUUCCAACAAUACAAAGAAAAAUGCCAAUAAACGAGCUCUUCCUACAGAACAACAACCUGUCGAUUCUUCCGGAAAAUCUUUUCACCUGUUUCAAUCGGUUAAAAGUAUUAAACGUUUCCAAUAACAGACUUUACGAACUACCCACAACCGAUGAAGUCCUAUACAUCGAGAAAUUGUUUUUAACGGCGAAUUGUUUAUGCGAUAGAACAUUCGAACGCCUGUGCUCGCAUUUGAGGAACUUGAAAGUUUUCCAUGUCGCCUAUAACAACUUAACGUCGAUGCCUGACAAUUUUCCGGCAAUCUGGACGGAAAUCGAGGAAAUUGUAAUAUCCGGUAAUCGAAUAGUCCGACUUCCCGACGACAUCGGUCGUCUUCAACAUUUGGCAAUCUUAAGGCUUCAUUCGAAUCUGUUGCAAUCGUGUCCUAAGCUGUCGACGCUCAAUAACCUGAGAGUUCUCGACUUGGCGCACAAUCAUUUGGACAAAAUCGACCUGACAACUCUCAUUCCUUCCAAUUUAAAGUUCCUAGAUUUGUCAUGCAACACGAAGCUCCACGUGGACUCACAACAGUUCAACACCUACAGAACUCAAAGACCCAUGAGUUUGGUGGACGUUUCCGGGAAGAAUCGGACCACACUUCCCUUGACGCCUUCCUCAUUCUGCGAGGCAGACUUAACUCAAUCCAACUGGAGCGUUGGUUUUUCAGAAACUUCCGGGAGUAAACAAAAACUUUACGUGUCCCAGGUACGUCUGCCCGCGUUUUGCAAUACCGAGGGACUUUUUGGGAUCUUUGAUGCUGAAAAUUACACCGAAAUACCCAUCCACGUGGAUAAGAUCGUUCCAAGGAUCCUUUUGGAAGAGAGAACGAUAAAAGAAACCGCCAACGAUUACAUGAAAUAUACGAUUCUAUCGACGCAUAAGGUCUUGAGGGAUAAAGGUCAUAAAAAUGGCAUGAAUGCUAUUUUGGUACAUGUAUAUAAAGAAAAAGGAACCAACGAAAACCUUCUAAUUGGCGGAAUAAAAAGGUACACGAUGAAAAUAGCUAGUGUCGGUGAAAUUAGGGUAGUUCUAGGAAAACAGUCGGGCCCCGUGCAGAUUUUGCCCCAAAAGCAGAUUAGAAGAGCUCAACUUGGUCACAAUCACCUUCACAAUCUCAUUCCGGACCCGGAAGUUACCGACAUAAACCUGGAAGAAAGCGACGAAUACAUGAUAAUUGCUAAUAAAAACCUGUGGGAUGUGAUAAGUCCCGAAACUGCUAUCAAAGAAGUAAGUUACCAACAGAAUGUAAUUCUAGCGGCAAAACGACUACAAGAUUUGGCUCAAAGUUACGGCGCCGAAGAGAAUUUGAGUAUCAUCGUCGUGAAAUUCAAUCUUGUCAAUUCAGACGUGGACAUCCUAAUGCGAGAGUUGAGGCAAACAAUAAGGAAGAACAAAUAUCAAAGCGAAAGUGGAUUUUCUACGGCCAGCACGUGUCAGCCAGGCUGUUGUUGCGAAGCGUUGAGCAACGCGUGUACGACUUGUUUAGAGAAAAUUCCCCUUCCACCCCCUAUAAUCACCAACGAAGAUCGAUCAUCUCCCAGCGGUCAAAGCGAUCAAGCCUGCAGUGACUGUAAUUCGUCGGCAAAAUUUUUCGUUCAACAGUUCCAAAGACAUAACGAUAUCAAGUCGGCAAAAGGUUCGUCCUCAGGAGAAAGGAGAAGUUACAGGGGUGUAGCAAAAGCUGUUAGAAGUAGAAAAGAUGAGGAUAAAAACAAAGACGAUUCCGAUUCUGCUUUGUCCGAAGAACAAUUUAAAUGUUGGGAAUAUAUGCUAGAGCAGAAUACUCAGAUGUUGUUUGAUAAGGAAUUAAAUAGUUUGGGGAAGGGUGCGUCCAAGUCUCGCGCAUUUCCGUCGAAACUACUGCCCAUUUCUAGGAGCAGUCCCCACUUAGCGGAAGCCGGCACGAAUUCGGGCAUGUCCUUCUUGUCGAAACAAUUUGGGAGUUCGAGAUCGUAUAAUCCUCUAUUGUCCAAAUCCACGUCUAAGUUAUACCAAGACAAAAAAUUGAUCGGGGGACCGCAUGCCGCAUAUUUCGGAAGCUUGCAAAGACUAAUGCCUUACAAUUUAGAAUACGACUUUGCCGUCAUGCACGAAAGAGGUUUAGCCGAUUCUGUGGACCUUGAUAGAAUGCAGCAAUAUUGGGGAGUUACCACCACCGAACUUUAAAUGUUAGUAAAAGUGUAUGCCAAUAGCUACUUUAGUUUUAAUGAACAGUAUCCAACAGUAGUAUACGUAUUUUGAUCUGUAUUCCUUUUAGAGUUUUCUACGUAGAAAUUUUUCAUACAUUAACUGAUCCAUUUGUAAAAUACAAUAUAGGUAUGUCUGCCGAUAUGAAAAUAAAGAUACUAACAUGCAAUUUAUGCUAGUUAAUUUUAUUUGUUUAAAAAGUCUUUUAAUACCCCUUUUGAAAUGAAAUAUUUAUGCAAUCAUCUGUUUGAUUCCUCAUCAUCAGUCAGUCAGUCAUUAUUGAUAUACCACAUCCUUAGCUCUCUACUUGCUUACUAUUGAUAUUUUUCUGCGCCCCUUUGGUCUUGUUUUUGCUUUUAACAUUCCCCUAACGAGCCCUUCAUGUCUCAGAAGGAGUCGUACUUUAUUGACUUCCUCAUCAUUAUACCAUCACAUUUCAAUUGCUUCUAACUUUGCUAAUAAUAAAGUCAUUUGGGUCAUGUAAUCUGGAUUAUGUAGAGAACUAUUACCUACCUGAUAUCAGCAUUGUGUACCAAAAAGGCACACGUUUCAAAAUAAUUAAUAGUAAUUUCUUACGCAACAAAUAUAUUUGAAGACAUAUGUAUUAAUAAAACAAUAUUCUUAAGACUAGAAUAUUCUCAUUUUUCAUACUGACACAAUAAUAAUAAUCCUUUAGAUCCACGUUGACUAGAAUUAACUGUAUACAACCAUAUCAUUUUCAAAAUUCAUACAUACGCAUUCACGCAUACUUACAUUCCUUUAUAUACAGCAAUAGUCACUAUUUUACAUCACUUUUAUACAUCGUAUGGUGAAAGGAAUUAAGUAUCAUUGUUAAAAAAAAAAAAA